AUGGCUCUCUCGAUAUUCAAUCAGUUCCACAAACAAGGCUCCACAGCCAUCGAAACUGCCGCGAAGGCCCUUUCCGAACACAUCACCACGGCUGCAAAUCAACAAGAUGCCCUCUCAAAUACCCAAUGGAACCUUUUAGACUUCAGCUACAAGAAUCCACAGUCUAUCGACUAUGCAUUGCGAGUAUAUCACCACAUGUCCAGUAUCCUGCCGGUUGAAGUCAAAAAUGACUACGGCUUUGGCGAGGACGCAGCUCGCCGGGGUUUGGCCAUGUUUUUCGAACAGCAAGUACGCCCUUUAAAUCCGUAUGUGAAUCCUGGCGACGUUGGAGAGGAGGUGGUGGAGCGCGAUUGGGAGUAUGAGGGCGCUGAAUAUGCCAACGCAACCUUCACGCGCGACGAGGUCACGGGCAACCUUGGAAAAGUGCUCCAGAAAAUUCUCAAUCUGCAUGAGCAGCGCAUGAAGACCAUCGUCGCGUGGACAGUCGAGGGGCGUGCACACGCGCUCGGGGUCACAAAGGCAGGCACUGGCGAAAAGGCCCAUUUGCCCAUGCAUUUUUCGGGGUUGUUGAAGCCGGCAAGCCUUGGCCACAACGUGAUGUCUCCUUGGUCCAAGGCGGACUUUGUGUCGGGCUGCGUUGGCUUGAGGGCCGCCGCGAAAUCAUAUCUAAAUGAGUGCUCGGCUGAGAGGCAGGAAGAGCUUUUGAAGAGUUGGAAACAAGAAGUGGCCGAAUUUCUAUUGGAAGGUGAUCAGGCGGCCGAAGACGCACACAAAAAGUUCCGCGACGGCGAUUUUCACGUCAAAUACCAUGCUGCUCUUUUGCUUGACAAUUUGAUCAAUGGACCAAAAGACGAGACUAGUGGGGACAUUUUCAGCCUAGAGAAAUGGAUUUUGUAG